UACCACACCUGGAUUACUCCGAGUCCCAAUGGUAUGAUGACUCGUCGUGGGUCACUCAUGGCGGUACGGUAGAGGUGGUCAACGUGCGAAGAAGGUGUGGUGUGACAACGUUGUUUGGCUUCGGUUUUUAUUUAUUUUACGUGUAGUUUUGUGUGUGAGCUUGUGAUUUUUUUACAAUGACUUCUAGUAAACAAUAUCCGCGGUCUUCUUACGGUUUUUAUAAAACUAAGUUUCAUGAUAAAGAGAAAGGAACGUAUCUGGGAAGAACGCCCAAGAGUUGGGCAAAAAUCGGCCUCUUCUACUUGAUUUUCUAUGGCAUGCUGGCGGCCCUUGUGGCCAUUUGCAUGUGGGUCUUCCUCCAAACCUUGGACCCCCGAAUCCCCAAAUGGCAACAGGACGGUUCCGUCAUUGGCACCAACCCGGGCCUGGGGUUCCGCCCCAUGCCCAAAGACAACGAGGAGAGCACCCUAAUCUGGCUCCAAGGCACCAACAAAAUUAACUAUUUGAAUUGGUAUGACAACAUUAUGGAGUUCCUGGACAAAUACUACACUCCUGGUAAAGUUGCCAAAGGCAACGCCUAUUUGAAAACUUGCUCGUAUACUGAGUGGCCCACAGAAACGGAGGUGUGCGAAGUGGACGUGAAAGAUUGGGGCGACUGCAGCAGGGACCAGUAUUUUAAUUAUUAUAGAAGCUCACCGUGUAUUUUUUUGAAAUUGAACAAGAUCUACGGUUGGGUGCCUGAGUAUUACGACGACCCGAACGACCUUCCUGAAGACAUGCCGCGACAGUUGAAAGAGCACAUCAGAAACAUCACAAGGCCCGAAGAACGGUGGAAUGUGUGGGUGUCCUGCGAGGGGGAAAACCCGGCCGACGUGGAAUACCUCGGACCGGUGCAGUUCUACCCUCCUAUUCAGGGAUUCCCCGGUUAUUACUUCCCGUUUUUGAACUCGGAAGGCUACCUAAGUCCUUUGGUGGCCGUCCGAUUUAUGCGGCCAGUUUCGGGGAUUGUUAUCAAUAUCGAGUGUCGGGCUUGGGCGAAAAACAUCCGUUACAACCGAGCUGAAAGAAUGGGUUCGGUUCACUUCGAGCUUCUGAUCGAUUAGGAUCGCAGUUUUUAAUUUUGUGCCUUUGUGGUAUUAUUAGUUUUUGAGCGAAAUUACGCAUUCCAAAGGGACAGACAGUAAUUUGCUAGUUGGCAGCACUGAUGGACUUGCCAAAGAUCGAUAUUCAAAGUUUGGCAUCUAUUUGUAUUAAUUGUGUUCGUAUUUUAAUUAAUUAACAUUAUGUAUAUACGGUUCCACUGUUUAUUUUGUUAUUACUCAGUGUUUUCAAUAAAGAUUUUACUCUUUCA